UUGUCACAGAUAUUCGAUCUCACGUUUUCCUAUACGUUCACGUGUAUGGAAAGUGUCGAAUGGGGUUUCCGUGGCUCGUUCAAGUUUAAUAUGAAGUUUGUACGUGUAUAACCGCGUUUGACGAUGUAUGCUUCGGUUGACGGUUUGUGAGGAUUGUGGUUCUGAAAGUGGAUCGACAAUCGAGGAUAUAUCAACUUCUUCGACAAUCAAAUGUGGAUGUUUAUUAAAUCUUGAAGAGAUAUAGCUCAUGCAAUGAUGUCAUACGAAUUUCCUCAUCCAGUUUCAAAGACAUACCGAUAUAAAAAAAUAACGAAGCCAUUGUUGGAAAGAAAACGACGUGCGCGCAUAAAUAAAUGCCUCGAUGAGUUAAAAAAUCUUAUGAUAGAUGCAUUAGAGACGGAAGGGGAGGACAUAAGCAAGUUGGAGAAAGCGGACAUUCUGGAGUUGACCGUGCGCCAUUUACAAAGGCUGCAGGGCUCACGAUCCUCCACCGGAUUGCCGGACACCGUCACGAACAACGACGAGGUCUCGGCCGAAAAUCGGUGGUUAUCCGGUUUCGGCCACUGCGCAGCUGAGGCGUACAGAUUUCUCUCGGCUGUUCCAGGUGAAGGCGCGGAAAGAUUAGCGAGGCACCUCGCAGCUGGCCUUCAAAAGAGCCGGCAAACGAAUUCAACGCUGAAAACAAACGUGCUGACCCAAACUUUGGCAAGUUUGGAUCUUACUACUGAUUUAUUGGCUUCGUCGAUUCCUAUCGAUAACAUUCAAGUAGCAUCUUCCAAUCAAAAUGCGGUCACUUAUCGUGGAAGAAUUCCUGACGCAAUCGCGUUUAACAUACCAUCCGGAUGUAACAGUGGGACGACCGUAGAAAAUGGAGAAAAAUUAGAAAGAGGUUGCAUUUCCGAAAUAUCGAAAGACUUGAAGGAGGGGCAAACGGUGGAGAAAGUUAAAACUGAGAUCAAAGUUGAGGACGAAGAGGAAAUCGAUGUGGAACGCGUUGAUGAAGUUGAUCCUAUGUGGCGGCCUUGGUAAUUUUUAAAAUUCUUCUCUCAAACGUUUUAUUGUAUGGAAUUUCUCAUUUCUUAUCUUUUUUUUCCAAAAAUGAUUGAAAAAUAUCAUUGUUGAAUCUGCUCGAAAAGAAUUUUAUUCUUGCUCUUUUAAACAUUUGAUUGUAUAUUAAAGUAGAGAUGUAUUUGAUUCCAUAAAAAAGCAGAGAUGUGUAUGGAUGUAACAAAUAACUAGCUUGCUCAAGAAAGAU